AUGGACAAAGUCUCUGCAUUUGGCAAAAAUUUCACGGCCUCCUUCACUCCAUUUGCCGCACGCACGCAGCAAUAUGUGAAGGAACAGCUUGGGCAAGCUGAGGAUAAGACCCAGCUACCCCCCGAUUAUAUCGAACUCGAGAAGAGGGUCGAUGCUCUAAAGCAAGUUCAUCAGCAGAUGCUGCAGGUUACCUCCCAAUACUCCAACGAAGCAUACGAUUACCCAGCGAACAUCAAGGAGAGCUUCAGCGAUCUUGGGCGCACAGUCAGCGAAAAAGUCCACCUUCUAUCCACGGCAACCUCCCCCGCCGAAGCCCAAGCAGCUCUCACAGCUCCCCCAUCCGCUAAGCCGCAACCCAAGACGUUCAACCAUGCCAUUGCUCGUGCCAGUUUGUCCAGCAGCCAGAUCCUCCAACAACAACACGCGGGUGCUGGCGAGGACCCUCUCGCAAUUGCACUAGAGAAAUAUGCCCUUGCCAGCGAGCGCGUGGGCGAAGCCAGACUUGCGCAAGACUCUCAGAUCCAAAGCCGCUUUCUAGCUGGCUGGAGUACAACCCUCAACACAAACCUGAUGUUCGCGACCCGCGCCCGGAAAAAUGUCGAGAAUUCGAGGCUGCUCCUCGAUGCUGCAAAGGCCAAUGCCAAGAGCCCUGGAUGGCACUUGCCUGGCCAGGCAUCAGGACGCGCUGAGGGACACGAUGAAGGAGAGCCCUCCGAGGAUGCUCGUGUUGAGAUUGAGCAGGCAGAGGAUGAAUUUGUUGGCCAGACUGAGGAGGCUGUUGGCGUCAUGAAAAAUGUGCUUGAUACCCCAGAGCCUCUCCGAAACCUCGCCGAUUUGAUCGCUGCCCAGCUUGAAUUCCACAAGAGAGCGUAUGAAAUUCUUAGCGAGCUCGCACCUGUUGUUGACGGUCUGCAAGUGGAGCAGGAAGUGAGUCGAUCUAAAGACUUCUCCGCAUAA